AUGAAUCGACUCAACCCAUCCAGAAGAACAUUUUCCUUUUUCUAAAAUAAAAACAGCAAUAAUCUGAACAGUCAAAAGAACAGGUUAGAUUAAAAAGUGGAUAACAAAUAUCUACUUGAAGAAAAUAGGAGUUUGUUGUAGCGAGUAGCCACAAUGUUCUCAAGUCUCUUUAGAUCUGCUUUCUUUGAUCCCAUAUAUGUGAGAGUAAAGGCAAGGAUAAGGACUAUGCUUGGGUAUAAUAAGGUAGAAGCCAAGCAAUCUUGGUAUUCAAAAAUCUUUGGAAUGAGUGGUGGAUAAUAAAGCUAAAACUAGUCGUUUUUCAGCAGGUUCAGAUUAAUCAAGAAUACAAAAGAUAAGGUGGUGCACAAGAUUAUCACUGUCUUCGGAGGUUUAUUCUUCAUAUACAUACUUGCUAAGGCUAUACCUAAUUCAGUCAGGAGUUAUAGACUAAGAAAGUAGGAAUUGGAAAUAGAAAGUAAGAGGCUUGAGCUGGAGAAGUUGAGACUUGAGGUCGAGUAAAAAAGAUUAGCAAGGAAGGAAAGGGAGUAAUGA